AUGGCCUAUGAAUUGAAUAUGCAUGACGCCUCACCUGUGCCUACUCUUCCGCAUCCACACGAUAGUGGUCGCAUGCACAUGUCCUCGUUGUCCUCAUCCUCUUCCAUAUCCGACGUUGAAUCAGAACGCCGAGGACGUCUCGAACGCCCGCGUAUGGCGAGUCGCAAACCUUCCGCCUCCAUCCUUGUCCCCCGGGACCAUCCUGAGAUUGAAAUCGAAGAAGAAGAAUUUCCACCUGACGACGCGCGCGCAAUGAGUCCUCGACGCAACUCGGCUGAUUUGGAGCGUUUGGGGAAAGAGGCUCGUCAAACCCUUCAAGAGCAAGCGAAAGCUCUCCAGUCAUCCCUCCAAGCCCUAGCCGAACGCAUCGAAGCUGUCAAGUCCGAUCACGACAAACUGGAGAGUGAGAACAAGAUCCUACAAGAUUACAUCGGCGGUCUCACGCGCAACAUGACCAAGAGUGAAAUGACUCGCAGCACGAAAGGUCGGAAAGCUCAGAAGUAA